GUGCCCGUGACACACGGUCCAAGGAUAUAAAAAGCGGAAGGCCGAGUCGAAGGCUCGAGAAGAUCGAAGGGUGAAGGACGGGGUAGAUGGACUGUGAUCGUUAAUCGGAUCGAUAUCAGUGGAGUUUUCAUACGUCAGUGUGUAAAUUUUUCAUUUUUUACGUCACGUCAUCCCUUCCUUCCUUCCUUCCCCUUAUCAUGAGGAUAACAGUGACAGUCUUGUUUCUCCUUGGGAUUACGAUCCUCGACGCACGGGGUGAGUCGAUCGGCAAAACCGAGGAGGAGAGCGACGAGGCGUUGCUCGACUGCGCGUCGCAGGAGAACACGUUGGGAUGUUUGGGCACGAGGCUGGCAAGAAGCAUGGAUCGAAUCGAGAUGCAGGUGACGGGGAAGAGGAGCGAGACACCGAUGAGCGUGGUGAUCGAGCAGGCUGGUAAUUUCGUGGCCGAGCUUGUCGACGACAUUCAAAAUCCCGGAAGAGCGGAUCAGGUGGACGAAACCUCGCAACUUGGUGAACACGAGGAGGGGCGCGCGAGGAGGAAGAAGAAGAAGAAGCAACUGCAAAAGCUGCUCGGUUUGGCGAUGUUGUUCAAAGCAAAGCUCAGCCUUCUCCUUCAACUGAUCUCGACUCACUUCCAGCUCAAAUUCUUCUUCAUCGCUAUCGCGACCCUCGUCAUCAACGCAACCAAAUUCUGGUUAGAUCUGAAGAACGCUAAACCGUCCAAGGUGAUAUAUUACGAGCACGCCCAACACCAGCAUCAUUACGAUCACGACGAUCACGAUCACAACUAUUGGGGACGAUCCUCCUCCAACGAUUCACCCCAAGAUUUACCAUAUUCCGCCUACGCCCCGAAAAAUUGAUAGAAAAUCGAUCGAAAUUCUCCAUCUUUCGAUCCAUGAAAGAUUACGAAGCGAAAUGAUGAGCGGCGAAAAUUAACGAAACGACCUUCGCUGCCGUUAUUUUCUCCCUACUCAGGUUUUAUUAGAUGAAAAAGAAAAAAAAAAAAAAUUGUUAAUCUUUGUUCUCGAUCGCAUUCUUAACCUCUAUCGUCUACAAUUAACACGAAUACGUGGUAUAAUCCAUAUGUUAUUCUUUGUAUUUGUAAGUUAUAUUUAUUUAUUUAUUUAUUUAUUUAUUAUUAUUUUUUUUUAUUUAUAGAAGAUCGCGUUUCUUCUUCGAUAUGAAAGAAAAUAACGCGUUUUCUUUUCCACGUACCUUUUUCCUUUCUUUUUUUUUUUCUUUUUUUUUUUCCCCUUCGUUUCGCAAAGUCUUCGAUAGAGAUCACAUUCUCGAACCAAAGUCUCUACUUUGCGUACCUGUUAAUUAUUAUUAUUAUUGUUUAUUAUUUAUUCUUACCCUUCCAUACCGAUCCAAACUUUGUUAUAUAAUAAUUUAUUGUCUAUGAAAUAACAAUUUGUAAGAAAGCGUAAAUAAAUUAUUUUGGAUAAUAA